AUGGCGUCGUCGGCGACGGCGUCGCUGGCCCGUAAAUUAUGCAAUACUUUCUGCCCGCCGGCAGAAGCAGUUACCGUUAACGUUUCGCCCAUGGCCAUGGCCAUGGCCGUGGGCGUCGACAUGGGCGUAGGCGUGGCAGUGGUGCACGUGUCGCCAUCGCUUUGGCAUCAUCAACUUCUGUCAGCUUCGUCAGCGACUCUUGGAACAGCGCCAGAUCCGAUGACAGUGGCCAUAAUUCCACGGAUUACAUUGUUUAAUUUAAGCCACGAGCCAUCAGCCACUUUCCAGCAACAACAAUUACCGUUACGUGCUGAUUCCGUGAUAGUGUACAAGUCCACAAAUUUAGAAUGCUUUCCCGAUCCCGCAUUCGCUGUAAAUGUGACUUGUCGCAUUAAGGCUGUUAAUUGGAAUAAAGCGGUUGCCCAAAUGGACUGUGAUCUCGUCUCGCCUUUGGCAAAUACAUCGGUUCAAAUAGAAGUGUUUAAGAAGAGCGAUAACAAUCGAUAUCAUCCCUUUCUGGUCAAUGUGACCGUGAAUAUGUGCGACGUCAUGUCCCGAAGGAAUUUCAUGCCCUACGGAACGAUAUUUUGGAAAAUAAUCAAGGAACACACGAACGUGAAUCACAGCUGUCCAAUUAGGCCGGGACAUCUGACAGCCAGAAAUCUGUUCAUUGACGAAAGCUUUUUGCCCAGAUUCCCUUUGGGCUUCUAUCAAACUUCGUUGAAAAUCGUAGAGAACUCCAUCGACCGGCCCAGCAGAUUCGCUGGCAUUAUAAAGUAUUAUUUUCAAGUUAAGGAAAUGGUGAAACCUAAGAAAAAGGGAUAA